AUGGACGAAUCGUUAUAUCUACCCAAUGAAGAGCACGAGGAACAGAAACCAAUUUCGCGACGACAAAGACUUCAUCAGGAGGAGCAGAAUGACGACAAUAAGAAGAGAAGAACAUUACCAAGAGGAAAUACUUCUGCUUUACUCCAGAUGACAGUGUUUUCGGUUGGUUGUAUGGUGAUCACACAGAAAACACUAUUUUGGUCAGCCAGUCAAUCAUCCCGUGGCUUAUCAUCAUCGCUCGAAGAACAAGCGUUCACUCUACCAAAAAUGCAAAGUGAUUCAUCACAGGAGCACGCUACAGAAUCCCCUCUCGAAAUAUCUCAGAAAUCAAAACACAUGAAGCUUGUGAAUCAUCUUAAAAAGAUACACACGCAAUCAAUCGAAUCAAAUAUACAAGAAUCCGCCGAACGGCAUGAUGUUCCGAAUCUGAUUGUUGAAAACAAGAAAAAGAAGACCGAUCAUUAUCCUACUCCUCCAACGACAACAACAAUAGUUGACGAACGAGAUUCCGAUUGUAUUUUUCGCAAUUCUCCACUUUAUCGCUCGGUUUAUGUAUACCCAAGUCCAUUGGAUAAAGAAUGGGAAGGUGAAAUCCUAUCGGAAUAUGCUAGUAGAACUGCUGAUGGCCGAAAUGUUUCGUGGCCUUGGCUGGAAAUGGACCAACGAUUAAAGGAGGAGGGCAAGGCUCAGUACGAUGCCAACAAUAAGGAUUUCAAUCAAUACACUACCGAGUUGCUAGUCCGUGACAUUAUUACGCAUCCAAACUCUUGUCUUCGAACCGACGACCCAGAAUCAGCAUCCUUAUUUUACAUCCCAUACCUUCCGACAAUGGAAUACCACAACGGAUCCCUAUUUGGAGAUUACAAAACUUCUCCGUUUAGUCAGGCCAUGUUGGAUGCGACAUCUCUAUAUGUAAAUGACAGUGACAGCCACUACAACAAGUAUGAUCUAUGGGAGAAAACCUUUGGAUUGACAUCGAAAUACUGGAAAAGACGGAAUGGAGCGGACCAUAUUGUCGUCAUGAGCGAGCCGUUGCAUGGAUUCAGUCAUCCAAGAAACCGACGUGGUAACUAUCAUUAUCUACACAGUCAGAAACAACUGAGCCCACCGAUCGUCAUAUCCAUUGAAUUGAGUACCACCUUUGUGGAAAUGUAUCCAAAUUGCGCCCGCAAGAAUAUCCUGAUGCCAUAUCCGAAUAUUGAUGGAAAAUGGUUCAAUGGGGCAUACAAUCAACAGACAAAAGAACUGUGGGGAAACCUACAAGUACCCAACAUUUCAGAGUCUCUAGCCGCACUCAAAGCUGAACGAGCAAUGGCCAAUUCAUCCAAAGCUACCACCAACACCAACACCACCCAUAUCGAUGAAUUGUUGAGUCAACCCAGACCAUUGGCACAAUUUUACGGAGCUGGAAACCACGGUUCUUGUAGGCAAUUGCGACAAAGGCUAGGGAUGAAUUACCGUUGUACAGAGUCUGGAAAGCUGGCGAAUCGAUUCUCUCGACAAAUCAAGUAUCAGCAUGGGUACCGCCAGUCUACUUUCUGUCCAUGUCCAGGUGGAGACUCUCCCAGUGCGAAGCGUCACUUCGAUGCCUUGCACGCUGGGUGCAUCCCAGUAAUUCUAUCUCAUGACUUUGUCUGGCCCUUUACCAGCGAGUUUGACAAAAAUGCAUGGAGCAUUUUGGAUGACGAUUCGGAAGAUGGAAUGAUGAGAAAAAGGAGGCGGAAUAUGUAUAGAGACGGCAGAAGGGCUUCCAGCAUGGCUGCCUCCACGUCGCCUCUAAGCGCCUCUGAUUUCGCGCUUCGGUUGAAUGCAUCCGAGUUUGAGGGACCAAAGUACGGCUACCAGUGCCAGGUAUGGAAUAAUACAUCCAACAGUUCAAAAAUAUCAAAGGAUCUUCAAUCCUACUUGGAGACAAUAUCCAGUUCUGAAAUUGAAAGACUUCGAGCCGGAGCCUUGCAGGCUUCUGAAUUGUACUCGUACUACAGACGACGACCAGAUCUUCCCGAGAAUCCUCUUCGAGAGGGAAUCCUGCCCGAUGGAGGUGCAGCUCAUCAACUGAUUCGAAUGCUCAGUAGACGGGCCAAUGGCAACUUGUGGCCUGCCUGUCAGAAGGAGCAGCAAGCCGAGUCGUCGUCAUCUCCAUCCAUAGAUAAAAUCUCCACCUUUCAAUGCUGA